CUCCAAUGAUAUAUCCUUCAUUAAUUCCCAUCCUUCUAUACUUUUCUGCUCUAUAUAUUUAAUUUUUUCGUCCAGGCUUUCUCUAUCCUCUUCCUCUAUUUAUAGACACGCACUCAGAUCACAUAUCCUUCAUUAAUUCCCAUGCGUCUUAUCAAACAGGACAAAAUGAGGUCCUCAAAUCUCAAUCUCUUGGCCAUUUUCUUCAUCAUCUUCUCAACCUUGUCCUUCUUCACUUGCCUUGCCCAGAACACUCCACAAGACUUCCUUCAAGUGCACAAUGAAGCUCGUGAAGAAGUUGGUGUGGGUCCUCUGUAUUGGAACGAGACCUUGGAGUCGUAUGCUCAGAACUAUGCCAACGAGAGAAGCUACGACUGCAACUUGGAGCACUCCGGCGGGCCAUUCGGGGAGAACAUCGCCGAGGGCUACGGCGACAUGAAGGGCUCCGACGCUGUCAAGUUCUGGCUCACCGAGAGGCCCGACUACGACUACUACUCCAACACUUGCGUCAAUGAUGAGUGCCUUCAUUAUACUCAGAUCAUUUGGAGAGAUUCUCAUCAUCUUGGCUGUGCUAGGGCUAAGUGUACCAAUGGCUGGAUGUUCGUUAUUUGCAGUUAUGAUCCACCGGGCAACGUUGAAGGCCAACGACCAUAUUGAUUCCGACAGUAUAUAUUCAACACUGAGAUGUGCUGAUGUUCUGUAUUGUGAACUUUCAUUAUAUAUACAGAUAUAUUAAUUAUAUAUAUAAUACACAUAUAUUUCGCUAGUUGAUGUAUAAUGAGAGCCAAGUCCAAAUUAUAUGAUUAAUUAUCUUCUACUUUAAUUUUCCCUCUAUGGUGUUCUAGAGACGACGUUGUCUAAGAUUAAAUUUUUAAAAAAUUAUGAUCAGUCAUUUAUGUUA